CCUCUAACUCCCACAUUUCAUCCGUCAACACCAAGGUUUUCUUUAAUUUCAACGAAUACUUUGAUCGGUAUCUCCGUCGUAACAACCGCCGUCAACCACCACUUUUCGAUGUCGGAAGCGUCGCUGCGGCCGAGAGCUUCGGUUUCCAAGCAAACAUCUCAAUCAAUAGGCGGCGGCAGCACCAAACAUGACCGUGAAACACAAAAGUCCCAAUCACAGCAGCCUACUUUAUCUCGGCGGGUACUCUCGCAAACCUUGACGAGCACGGCAAACUUAGCCAAUCUCCUUCCUACAGGCACACUGUUAGCUUUCCAGCUGCUAGUGCCGGUUUUCACCAACAACGGGUCGUGUGAUCCCGCCACGCGCGCCAUGACGCUCCUCCUCAUCCUCCUCCUCGCCCUUUCUUGUUUCCUCGCUUGCUUCACCGACAGCGUCGAGGCAUCCGACGGACGAGUUUAUUACGGUUUCGCGACGUUCAAAGGGUUGUUCUUGUUUGACUAUCCCGAUCCUAAAGAUUCAAGUUUGCCCGAUUUGAGCAAGUAUAGACUCAAGUUUAUCGAUGGAGUUCACGCUUUUUUAUCGGUGUUCGUGUUCGGCGCAGUAGCUUUGAGAGACAAGAAUGUCUUGAACUGCUUCUAUCCGGCACCUGAACAUGAAACCGAGGAGGUUUUGGGCAUUGCACCGGCCGGAGUUGGGCUGAUUUGCAGCUUAUUAUUCGUGGUUUUUCCGACCACAAGGCAUGGAAUUGGCUACCCGGUCACGACGAGGAAAUAGUUGCUCCUUUAUUUUGUUCACCGUCAAACCCUG